AUGUCCUCUUCAGCAUCUACUCAGGCCUGCGUGCCCAUCGCCACAGACUCCCAAAACGAUGUGUCCAAUUUCAUCUCGAUUAUCACGGCGGCCUUCUCCAGCACAGCCCUUACGACGGCGUUCAUAGUAGACACCGACGGCACGCCACCGCCCUACCCGUCUCCGCUGAUCGAUGCGGCGCGACGAGAACGGCAUUUCUCUCGUGGGAUCCUCGAGAGUGCGGCCUCAGGCGCUGAGCUGGUGCACGCUGGGGAUUGGUCUGCCAUAGCGCUAUGGGAGCCUCCCACAUACGAGGGCAAGCCGUUCAUAGACUCCAAGGCGCAACCGGGCCCGCUGCUGAGCGAAUGGAGAGGCAGAGUCAAAGCUGCCAAGGCAAAGUAUCUCGCUGAACCGUCGUCCACUUCAAGCACAGCGGCCACAACGUCGACUCCCGAGGCAUCAAACUCGAACUCCCCCUCGGGUUCAGAGUCAGACUCCAGCUCCGACCGGCCCAGCCAAGACAGUCAAGAGCAACAACUCCGACCAUUCUACCACCUCUCAUUCCUGGCGCGGAACCCAGCCAAGCCUCGUGUCCAAGGCAGCAUCAACGCCGUCAUGAUGCCGUUCCUGGAGCGCGCCAAGGCAGAAGGUGUGCCUGCGUGGUUGGAAGCCACCACCCGGCAAGCCGUGCGGUUGUACGAGCAUUUCGGGUUCCGGGUCGUCGAGGAGAUCGUGGUAGGAAAGGGCCUGGUCGAUGCUCUAGGGUGGCCUGCCGCGGGAGACAAGGCUGAGGGCGUCACGGCCUGGGCAAUGAUAUUUGAUUCCCAUCUUGGCGAGUGA